UAUACAUAUGAACGUGCUUUAAUCGACCGAACUUUUGUUAAACGCUAUUAUAACUAAAACUGACAUUGAGUUUUAAACGUGUUGUGUUGAAAUGUUGCUGCUUAAACUAGUGACUUGUUUAAAGGGUCUUAAAAUAAAUGUGAUUAUCGACACUUUUAGUGGAUUCAAUACAACUAUGCUAUUACAAUUGUUGGGGGUGGAAAUGUGGAAUAUAACUCGGUGUUUACAUCUGUGUGCAAAGUGAGUUUGUAAAACAUACUAGCUCUAUACACUAUUCCCCCCUCUUAUCGAUGAAGAGCGCUGUGAUUUAUAACAAACUUUUUUGCAAACACUUCUGAUCGAAAUAUUAACGAGGAAGUUAUAUGCUUUAAAACACAAAUUAGGUUCCUGUUAACCACGAGAUCAUGGAGAGUGACACUGAAAAUACCAAAACUGCAACCUCUUCCUCCGACGAAUCACCGGAGUUCACGUGCAAUCCUUGUGCCGCUGACGGUGUCGCUUUGCCUGCCGCCGGCUAUUGCUCAGACUGUCGUGAGUACCUGUGCACAGAUUGCUUUCGUGUUCAUUGUCGUCCAUCGGUAACGCGCCAUCACGUACUGAUGGACGUGACGUCAAUGCCUCGUGACGUUGCCGGAAACGUAAUCAAUGACAUGUGCACGGAACAGUGCUCUAAGCACGAGCACAAGAUUGUGGAGUACUAUUGCAAAACGCACGAGGAGCUGGGAUGUUCGGUGUGCAUGACGACGUUGCAUCGCUCUUGUGCAGACGUCGAUUACGUCCCUGACAUCGCAGGAGACAUCAAGCACGAGACGGAAAUAAAUCACCUUAUCAAAGCUCUUGAAGAAUUGAUUGACGAAGCUCGUGUUCACAAAUCAAAGGUCGAGUCGCAUGCUAGGACGAUAGAUAUCAACGGAAAAAUAGCAGUUUCCAAAAUACAGAACAUGAGAAAAGACGUGAAUGCAUUUUUCGAUAAACUUGAAGAAAAAAUACUAACGGAAGUUACGGAGAUGCAAGUCGAUGAUGUAAACAAGGUUGAGAAACUACAAGAGACGCUAGAGGAUAUUUCAGGAAAGGCUUCAAUACUUUUACGUGAUGUAGAUCGUCAGCUUAAACAGAAACAAAUGUGUCGUUUGUUUAUCGUCAUAAAGACUUAUAGUAAAACGGCGAAAGACUUACGGGACAAUUUGGAAAGUGUAAUGCGAAAGAAUAUUGUUCGACGAUACGAGUUUGUGCCUGAAAAGAAGAUUAUUGAUUUAGAGAACAUGAUUAUGGAUUUCGGAGAACUGAUAAUUAAGGAGUCAAGCGUUAAAGUUCCUGAAAGCGCCGGUUCUCUCAACGUGGCCAGCAAUGAAGACCAAGGGAUGCCGAACAUCUCUGGAAUUAAACUUUUAAAUAGUUUCCGUAUUGUUGCAGUAGACAACCCGAACAAAAUUGUUAAAAUUGUCAACAUCAAUACCAACAAGCUUGAGAGUAAAAUAAGUUGCGAUGGCAACCCUUGGGACGUCACUAAGAUUGAUGAAAAGACUAUUGCGGUUACGUUUCCAAACAUGUCAAACAUAACAUUCUAUUCCAUUGAAGACACUCACAGUUUAAGUCAGAGUCGAAUUAUAAAAGUUGAUGGGAACUGUUACGGAAUUGAUCAUCACCAAGGUAGUUUAUAUGUGUCAUUCAACAAUCCUGGGUCGGUGAAAGUCCUUGACCUCGACGGUAAAAUUCUCGAGAAAUUCAGUCAAUCAUUUGGAGUACCCUGGUACGUAGCCGUAAGUGCCGAUGGGCGGAGUAUUUAUGUAUCUGACUCUGGUCAGAAUGCUGUGACCUUGAUGGACUCCCAAGGUCAAGUCAAGAACACGUUCAAGGACGCGUCGUUGCUUGGCAUUAGAGGCAUAGCUACCGACAGAUCUGGUUCAGUGUAUGUAUGCGGCUGGAGCUCCAAUAACGUCAUGCAAAUGACGUCAUAUUUUUCGAAGGAGCAGACAUUGCAAGACGGGAAGCUUCGGAUUGGCCGACCGUAUUGUGUGGCAUAUUGUGAUGUCAGCGACAGGCUUUUUAUCGGCAUGUCUAACGAUCAUUUGAGAAUAAUUCAGUUCCACUAGUGUUUACUAAGAAUUUGUGGUGUGUUUUUUCCAUUUACAAUUAAGCCCUUUGUUUACGUUUCUGUACAUGACACGUUUCAAUGUUGCAAAAAAAUGUCUUUCACGUGUGUGGCUCAAAAUAUUUAUUGCAAGAGACGCUGGUAAUAAGCAAAAUAAAUGCAUUGUAAUUUUGUUCCAAGCCGAACACUGAUUCUGGAACAUUGGAAAUACUUUAUAACUUUAUUCCAUUGUAUUUGUUUUAAUUUGCGCUGUUUAUUCUUCAGUUUCUCCUAACAAGCUAUCAAUUAAGUUUUAUCUCGAUUUACCAUAGUGACUUAGUUAGUAUGCAUAUGUUAUUUUACUUAAAGGGGCCUUUUCACAGAUUUUGGCAUUUUUUAACUUAUUCAUUAAAUGCUUUAUAUUGAUAAAUGUAAACAUUGGAUCGUAAAAGCUCCAGUAAAAAAUCAAGAAUAAAAUUAAAAAAAGGAAAAGAACAUUGCCCGGAGCAGGUUUCGAACCAGUGACCCCUGGAGUCCUGCCAGAGUCCUGAAGUAAAAACUCUUUAGCCUACUGAGCUAUUCCGCCGAGUACACAUACUUGACGUAUUUUAUACCUUAUAUAAGCAAUCUUCGUAGUUUCACAAAAUUUAACGACAAAAACAGAACUCUCCAAAUUAUUCAAUCGUUUCGCGUUGCAACGCUUUAUAAUUUUUAGGUUUUAAAAUCGUCAAAAGAUGCAUAUAAUGGCUAUAUUAGACCAUGGUAAAUGUUCAGUAUUACUGUUUCCUCACAAAUAUCAUAACUAAAACGAAAAUUUGCGAAUCUGAAACAACUUUUUUCAAUUUUGUCAAUUUACCAAAGCGUGAAAAGAUCCCUUUAAUGCCCCUUUAUGCUACACAAUGUUCAACAACGAAUUAUCAUGUAAUUUGCCAUUUUAAUAAUUGUUUGCUGAGACGAUUUGAAAUGGUCAAAUGAAUAUCUUUUGUUG